AUGGCCUCGACGCUGGUCCUCGCUGCGCUUGCGCUCGUGGGCUUCGUCUUUUGGCGUCUCGUGCACAACUUCUUUGUCGCGUCCCCGUUCGACAACAUUCCCGGCCCUGCGCCGGGAUCAAUUUGGGCCGGUCACAUGCUUCAGCUCUUUGACCACAAUAACUGGGACUUUGUCCGCGACAUGGUCGAGACGUACGGUCCUGCCGCCAAAUUCCAAUCGUUCCUCGGCAAAAAGCUGCUGCAAAUCGCAGAUCCAAAGGCCAUGCACAGCAUUCUCGUCAAGGAUCAGGAUAGCUACAGCCGCGGAGAACCCUCCGAAGUACUCGGCCAGCUGCUCCUCGGCCCCGGGUUGUUCUCCACCUUCGACGUUCAGCACAAACGGCAGCGCAAGAUGCUCACGCCCGUGUUCAACGCCGCGUAUCUGCGAGGCAUAACGCCGACUUUCUAUUCCAUAGCCGGGAAGCUACGGAACGCGAUCUCCGCGCAGGUGCAGAACACCACCACCGAAGUGGACAUGGUCGCAUGGAUGGGCCGCGCGGCGCUCGAGAUCGUCGGCCAGGGCGGGCUGGGGCACUCGUUCGACCCGCUCGUCGAGGAGACGAAGAACGAGUACACGGAGGCCGUCAAGCAGUUUGUUCCGGCUUUCGGUGAUAUCGCACACGUCCGCAUCUUCCUGCCCAUUGUCAAGUACCUCGGGCCCUCAGAGUUCCGGCGCAAGCUGCUCGACUACGUGCCGGACCGCAAGGUGCAGCGUAUGAAGGUGCUCACCUACGCCGUGUACGAAAAAUCCAAGGCGAUCUUCGAGGCGAAGAAGGCGGCGAUAGACGGCGGAGACCAGGAACUGAUGCACAACAUUGGUGAGGGCAAGGACGUCAUGAGCAUUUUGCUCAGGGAGAACCUCAUGGCCUCUCAGGCGGACAAGCUCACCGACGAGGAGCUCCUGGCACAGAUGGCGACGUUCAUCGUAGCCGGUGUCGACACCACCUCGAACGCGAUGGCGCACGUCCUCCAGCUCCUUGCCGAGCACCCCGGCGCCCAGACGCAGCUGCGCAACGAGGUCCACGCGGCGCAGGAGACCUACGGCGACGAGAUCCCCUUCGACGAGGUCAUGGCGCUCCCCUACCUCGACGCGAUCUGCCGCGAGACCCUCCGUCUGUGGGCGCCCGUCGGCUUCGUCGGCCGCACAGCCGUCGCGGACACCGUGCUGCCGCUGUCCGAGCCGCUGCGCGGGCGCGACGGGACGAUGGUGAGCGAGAUCGCGGUGCCCAAGGGCUCCCCGAUGUUCCUCAACCUGCGCGCGUGGCGGCCCGCGCGCUGGCUCGCGCCGCUCCCGAAGACGGUCGAGGACGCGCGGAUCCCGGGCAUCUACUCCCACCUGACCACGUUCCUCAGCGGGGGCCACUCGUGCGUCGGCUUCAAGUUUUCCCAGCUCGAGAUGAAGGUCAUCCUCGCCACGCUCGUCAGCGCCUUCAAGUUCGAGCGCUCGUCCAAGCCGAUCGUCUGGAACUUCGCGCCGGUGUCCUACCCGAGCACGAGCUACGACCGCUCGCAGCCGGAGAUGUUCCUCAACGUCACCCGUCUGUCCGACGGGCGGUGA